AUGACUCGAGGCCGAGAUAAAACGGGUAGUUAUGCACGUAAUGUGGUACAUUCAAUUCUUCGAGUGGUCAUAUUUCAUUUUGUUUGUUGGACACCAUUUUGGUUUUUUGUAUUGAUUCCAAUGCUCAGUUUCUUCAACAUAUCCAUCUCGUCACUUCUUAGUUCACGAUGGGUUGCCACUUUGCGACUGUUAUCAAGCUUUUUACCCUACAUAAAUUCUGCUGGUAACUGGAUUUUUUAUGCUGCACUUAAUCGAGAAUUGAUUCGUAAUUUGAAUGAAUCACGACGUCGAACGAUUCACAAAGAAUUGAGCAAAUUCUUCCGUACAUUUGUGCAUUUAACUGAAGAAUCGAGCUCACUUCGAUCCGAAACACCUAAGAGUUGCCGUCGUUUUGUGAAUCGAUUGCUGAUGCUUAAUGGUGGUGAGAUCAAGAACGUUGCUCCGAAUCAAACUCAAUUUGAGGAAACUAGAGGAAUGAAAGACGUUGGGAGUGAACAAGUUGAAGAUGGCGAUUGUAUGCUUUAA